GGUCCUCUCUUACACCGAAAUCAAAGUUACAGAUGAAGAUGACAUAUAUUAAGUGGGUCUUGAGGCUGUUUACUGUUUUAUUAAUACUGAAUUGCGUGGUUUUGGUCUAUUACAAGGAGCACAACACCUCUGGAGAUGAGACGGGAGAAGGUUUUUCACAGUUGCAUUGCAAAACAGUCCGUCAGGCAUUUUCCAUCAUCACUCCAGCAAGCAGUAAUUUGAGUACUGAUAUGACGAGCUUCUCUGAGAAAGUCUCUGAGUUAUUGAGCUGCCCAUACAAGUCUAAUAUCACCCAGAAGGAGCUGAAUAGAGUAUUGUUGCGUUCUUGUUGUAAUGCCUCAGGCGAUUUAUACCUGACGAAGCAAAACACAGCUGUGCAUCAGAUAAUUCCCUAUGAGUCUGAUGUAUAUCCCAACUACACAAUGAAUGAAGCACUUCACAACAUGUUACCUGAGGCCUUUCCCUGGAGUGAGCGUCCUCUGGGUCGAUGUGCUGUGGUGGGCAGUGGAGGGAUUCUGAAGAACAGCAAUUGUGGAAGAGAGAUUGACAGCGCUGACUAUGUCAUCAGGUUUAACAUGGCACCCGUUAAUGACAGUGAUGUUGGGCUAAAAACUGAUUUAAUCACAGUCAAUCCCAGUCAGAUCCGGAGAGGCUACAGAAAUGCUCAAAAGCAGCCAGGUCCUUUAAUGCGGCGUGUGACUGUCUACGGGGAUGCAUCUCUGAUCAUGCCUGCUUUUGCAAGCCCGUUAAACACUCGAUUGUCAAUCAGCACUCUCAAAGCGCUCUGGCCUCCCAACCCUGAGAUGCAGGUGGUCUUCUUUAGCUCUAGCUACCUCAAGAAGUUGGACCGUUUCUGGAAAGGGCGUGGCCUGAAUGGGCGACGCCUCUCCACAGGUUUUAUGCUAAUUAAUGUUGCACUAGAGCUGUGUGAUCAUGUGCACGUUUAUGGAUUCUGGCCGUUUGACAUCAAUCUGGAAAAGCAGAUUGUUCCACAUCACUAUUUUGACAACAUAGGACCCAAAAUUGGUAUUCACUCCAUGCCAGAGGAAUUUCUCCGCUUGCUACAGCUCCACAGCCAGGGGGCGCUAACACUGCACCUGCAGCCCUGCUCAUAAUCUGCGUAUUGACUGAACUGUGCUUUGUCUCUCUUGGUUAUUUAAAUUAUUAAAACUAAGUCUUUCUAUAACAUUUACAAGGGGUAAAUGAGCUGUACAUGGACACUUAACUGGCUUGAUGUGUACAUGUUGAUCUGUUGAAAUUAAACAAGAAUAUU